AAACGCGUAUUUCGUAUUUCAAGCAGUUCCCUAACUAACUCUCGAGUGCGCGUGCCUCCUUCCACCAAUCCGGCAACCACCAUCGGUGCGCGUGCCUCCUUCAGGUUUUCUAACUAAAAGUCUUAUCUCACCUCUACCCGUCGCUCAUCAUUUUGAUCCCUGUCGCCUCGUCCGAGGAAACUUUCAGUGACAACGACGGGUGCAGUCGUCAAAACCCAGCCGCGCGUUGCAGCACGUAUCGCCGCGAGAUGCCUCGCAGAAACGCCAGCCUUUGCGACCUCCCCGUGGAGCUCGUGGCGCUCGUCCUUUCCCACAUCGAGCACGUCAAAACACGACAGACACUAGCUAGAAGCUAUGAGCAUAGUCUUCGUAAGAGUAUGACAUUUUUUGAAAUUUACGCCUGGGGCGCACGAUGUGCGAAAACCCGAAAUUCAGAAGUUCCGCAUUUUUGUCCUGAUGAAGUAGACCCUCGAUGUCGAGUCAGGCAGCUCGCGAAUCGAACGCGUCGGGAUUUGUGUGUUGACGAUUUUCCAAACUUGGAACAGAACUUUCACUGAUUCUUGUGUCGUCUAGCGACCCUGUAGAACAUUUACGGACCGACCAUUUCGUCGGGCUCGUCAUACGCCCACACUUCGCUUCGCGCGUUCGACAAGCAAGACAAGACGCAGCAAACAUGCGCGCCACUACCCUCGUCUUUUCUCUCACCUUCGCACUCCUCGGCACGAGCGCCCACGCGAACAGUUCCGACGACAACAAGUACAUUUGUUUCAACACGACCAAGUACGUGGGGACCAAGAAUGUCGAAGUCGAUAUGGGUGGCACCUUACAGACAAAACCCUGCGACACUUGGAUCGACAUGUUGCAGACCGGCACUAAUGAUCUUGCCGGCAUCACCUUCGACGCGAACUUUGACGCCUCAACGGCGUCGGAUGCUGCUAAACGUCAUAUCCAGUCGUUCGGCACGACACUUAAAUGCUGCUCCGAUGGCAAAUCGGCUCUUUACAAGAACCAGAAGUAUUUUUGCAAAGAUCCAACCGAUUGGGCCCCAGACAAGACGUACAAAGGUCCCGAAACGAGCAACACGGAGCUCUCAUGCGACGUUUGGGUUGCAGGUGAUGAUGAUAUCAAAAAUGAAGAUUUUAGCAAGCCUUGGAGCUGCGACGAAAAGUCGGCAACGAUCAAGCAGGACGUUCAGCUCCUAGGUGCCGACGUCAUGGGUUGCUGCGGCGCCACCAAACAGUCCGCGUGCCACCCGUACUCUGUGUCCGGAGCGGCAUCCUUGCAGCAUGUCGGAGUCAUCGCCCUCGCUGCGGCCGUCGCCGUUUUCUUGGCGUAAAAAAUCGCCACCCACAAGGACAUGACGCCGUAAACACCGCGGCGAAGAAACGUCAUCGUCUCCGAGCCUCGACGGCUAUAGAAGAACGCGGCGAAUCGCCGCCAGCGCGACGCACAAUAAGGCUGGUUAGCCCCGCCACCACAUAGCAUACCGCUGGAAUGCAAGUUUUCCUUUUUCAUG